GCCGGGGUUCUGGUCCCGGUGCGCCUCCUGCUGGCCGACCACGACAAGGCGCACCGAUACCGCAGAGCUCUGUCGCUAGGCAACUCGUUCGGCGGCGGCGUGUUCCUCGCGACGUGCUUCAAUGCUCUGCUGCCCGCCGUCAGAGACAAGGUGUCCUCCGUGCUCCAGCAGCUGCAGAUCACCAGCGACUACCCUCUGGCCGAGACGAUGAUGAUGCUCGGCUUCUUCCUCACCGUGUUCGUGGAGCAGACCGUGCUCGCCUUCCGCAAGGAGCCGCCCUCCUUCAUCGCCCUGGAGAGCUUCAACGCCGGCGGUUCGGAUCCCGGCAGCGACUCAGAGUACGACACGCCCUUCAUCCCACCGGCUCGGAGCUCCCCGGGCGCCCACGGUCACCACAGCCACAACCACGGACACUUCAGCCCGGCAGAGCUGGCCGGUGCGGGGCCUCUUCGGCUCGCCAGCCUGGUCCUGGCACUCUCGGCACACUCGGUGUUCGAGGGCUUGGCUCUCGGCCUGCAGGACGACCUCGCCAAGCUGGGCGGGCUCUUCCUCGGCGUGGCCGUGCACGAGACGCUGGCCGCCGUGGCGCUCGGGGUGAGCGUGGCGAAGGCGUCGCUGGGCAUGAAGGACGCGGCCAAGCUGGGCGCCGCGGUGAGCCUGAUGAUCCCGCUGGGCGUCGUGGUCGGGAUGGGCGUGGAGUCGGCCCAGUCGCUGGCGGGCAGCGUGGCCUCCGUGGUGCUGCAGGGCCUCGCCGCCGGCACCUUCCUCUUCGUCACCUUCUUCGAGAUCCUGUCCCGAGAGCUGGACGACAAGCGGGACCGGCUGCUCAAAGUGCUGUUCCUCGUGCUCGGCUACGCCACGCUCGCCGCGCUCGUCCUCGUCAAGUGGUGACACGCCGACGAAGACGCGUCGGGACCCACGCUCCAAUACCAAGGAUAACUUAUGACUCCAUAACCAGCAGGGCUGCUCCCUCUUAGUGGAUCAGUCGACUAAUCGACUAAUCGGUGGUUUUGGUCUUAGCCAUCUUAGAUCUCUGUAUUCCAUUAGUCAUGUCUGAUGCUGUUUUCAUGCUGAAUGACUUAUUUCCAAGAAACGUACGAGCACAUCUCUG